AUGCUUCGCCGGACUUCGAAAUACCGCUGCGGCGAUAGCACUACCUCCAAAAAAUCGCUCGCCCACCGGAAGAAACAGAAGCUUAACCCUGUAGCGUUCUAUCGGGCCAAAAAAAGAGCUUUCGCGUCCCUCUUGCGCCUAGGUUACAUUCAAUUUCUAGAAGAAGAAAAUCAUAGACUUCAAGAUAGGCUUGAUCUGCUGUUUCCUUCGGCCUCAAAAAUAGCGCCUUUGCUACGAAAAACCAGCCCCCCGCCUACUCCUGCCGGUACUGUGACGGACCAUUCUCAUUCGCCAGACAACUGUGCCGCGAUACUUCUUGCGAAUAGUAGGGGACCUAUGACACUGUCUCAUAGGGCUUUCGAUCUUAAGGGACAUGAUUACGUCAAAACAUUCUUGGGCUGCGCGACCAGUGCAAGAUCUCCCGCUAGACAAAACUACUGCCAUUACUUACCGCUAGAUGCUCAAGAUCCGGACCCGAAAACCAUACUAUUAAACUUGGCAUUGGGCUUUUUCGACGUACAGAGUCAGAAAAAGAUAGGUCUACUGAAGGGAAACUGGAUAUUCGAGAUCAUCCAUCAGGAAAUCGACUGUUUCGGCUUCCAGGAUGACACGAGACAGGAGGUUGCUAGGUUAUGCUCAGAGGGAAAUAAACUUCACGAAAGGCUUACCGACGAAGGGGGUGACCCAUACGUGCAAGUUGCCGAUAUGAAUAGUCUCGACUCUCUCCCAGUCGAGUAUUUGGAAAAAAUAGAAACCGUCUUAGCAAACGAGUUUGUAAGAAGGGAAUCGGGGCUGUUGAAAUAA